AUGAAGUUCUUCGCUACCGCCCUUGUCCUCGCUGCCACCGCCAUGGCCCUGCCCCACGAUGGUGGCUCCGGUGACUCCGCUGGCUCAGGCAACAGCAACGUCCAGUUCCCAAUCGGAAACAAGUACACCGUCGAGCAGGCCCAGGCCAAGUGUGGCAAUGACGCCAAGGUCUCUUGCUGCAACAAGGCCACCUACACCCACGACAUCACCACUGCCAACACUGGCCCUCUGGCCGGUGUUCUGGGGACUGCUCUGGGCGGCGGACCCGGUGGUGACGGCCUUGGUCUCUUCGGCCAGUGCAACGACAUCAGCGCCAACGUUCCUGUUCUGAACGUCGUCGGUGGCGGCGUUGACCAGCUCAUCAAUCAGAAGUGCAAGCAGAACAUUGCCUGCUGCCAGAACACCGACUCCAACGCCGAAGGCAACGUGGUCGGCGUCGCCGUCCCCUGCGUUGCCCUCGGCUCCCUUCUGUAA